AGACCGAGAACACUAUAUUCGUAUCGUCGGCGCUCUCAGUGCUCCUCGCGCGCGAGAAGAGCGCUUUCGAUCUAUCCGGAGAUAAUCUCGCGCGUAUUUUCAAAAGAAUAUCGCGGCGGUGCUAUCGGAGCAGGUGUUAAGACGACUGAAAUGAAAACACACGAAACUGGUGCGAUGAUUGUGGAUUUUACUGGUACUUCAAUAGUGGAAAUUUGAAGGAUUUAAAUGAGAAGAACGGUGGAGCUGGCGAUUAUAAAUUUGAUUAAAAAGCUACGAAAGUUCGUGCGCACUCGAUACACAACAUUGAAAUAAAAAAUUUGUCGGUUUCGUGCUCGUUGCACCAUUUAAGUCCAAAGUAAAUCAAGUGCGGAAACGUAACGAAAAAAAAUGUUAUUGUUCGUUAAAGUUUGAGUUUUCAAUCGCACGACGAUGACUCAUCCGUGGAUUACACUUUCAUCUUCGUCCUUUAUACACAAAACAGUCGUGAUGGGAGUUGCAAGUUUUUAUGGACCAACGCAGUGUGUGUAUUUGCUGGUAGAUAAUUCAUUAUAAAAGUGUUUGUGAUAUAGAUUUUCCGGACUGGAUGAUGAGGCAGCUGGACAAUAAAAGCCGCCGUUUGUGGACGUUUUCUCUGGCGAGGAAUCCCGGAGUGCAAGUGAAAAUUGGAGAGAGUUUUCGAGGCCGUUUCCACCGGAGAAGUGAGAACUCUCGUUGGUGUCUCUGAGGUUUUUCACCGAGUAAACGGGAGCUCGAAACAAUCGUGACAAUUGUAUCGAGGCUGGCUAAUCCGAAGAAAAACAGACGCAGAAAAGUGGAUUCGGAUCUGUCACGAGUGACGAUCGCAGAGAAUCAUGGUGACGUGAUUCGAACGCGGUCUCGGAUCAAAGGCGGACUCGACGGGGACGAAACGGACGACGAGGACGAGGAGGAAAAUAUUUUGCGGAGAUAAAUGUUCGAGCGACCAGAAGCAACGGAAGAGUGAAAAAAAAACGCACACACAAAACGAAAGAAAUCGCAGCAUCAAAAAACCAAGGAAACGACAAACUUUGAACAUUUCCCGAAACGAUGGAAGUUAGUUCGUUUGGAAAUCUCACCGAGCCAGCGACCAACAGCAGUCUCGUUAUCGCGAGCAACAAGACGAACGCAAAUUUGACUCUCGAAUGCAAAGCCGAGCUUACCGAAGGUGCGCUCUUCGAGUUCAUCACCAAUGGCAUUCUCCUCAAUCUCGUUGGGCUCUUCGGACUCUUUGGAAAUAUCAUCUCCAUGAUCAUUCUCUCCAGACCCCAAAUGAAAUCUUCGAUCAAUUAUCUAUUGAUCGGACUCGCGAGAUGCGACACCGUACUCAUCAUAACCGCGGUGCUGCUCCACGGGCUGCCAGCCAUCUACGGCUACACCGGGCUCCUCUUCGACUACAAAUUCGUCGUGUUCCCCAGAAUCGUUAAGUACUUGUACCCUCUCUCGUGCAUGGCGCAAAUGGUCACAGUUUAUCUGACUCUGACAGUCACGAUGGAACGUUACGUUGCCGUUUGCCAUCCCCUCAGAGCCAGAUCAUUCUGCACUUAUGGACGGGCACGCCUCGCAGUUUUGUGCAUCGUCAUCGUUUCUAUUCUCUACAAUCUACCCAAAUUUUGGGAAGUCGAUCUCGAGACCGAAAUACACUGGAAAUACAACGUUACCGUCUACUGCGUUAUACCGGCGAAUCUUCGAUCCAGUGACAUUUACAUUACCGUGUACGUCAACUGGAUGUACUUCUUCGUCUACUACGCAUUCCCAUUCGUCGCUCUAGUGGUUUUCAAUGUUGCUAUAUAUCAGAGGGUGAGGAAGGCGAACCGAGAUCUGCAGCAUUUGUCCCGUUCCCAGCGGCGAGAGAUCGGGCUCGCGACGAUGUUGAUGUGCGUCGUCAUAGUAUUCAUAGUGUGCAACGUUCUGCCAUUGGUGUCGAACGUUUACGAAAAGUUUCAAGUUUUACCGCCGGUUUGGUUAGUGCAAUCGGGGAAUUUGCUCGUGACGAUAAACAGCAGCGUAAAUUUCAUAGUCUACGUUAUAUUCGGGCGAAAAUUCAAGAGGAUAUUCCUCCGGUUGUUCUGCAGCUCCAAGUUUUUCGGGCCGGGUCGAGACAGCCCGGAGUUCCAGACGAACGACGAGUCCGUGGUGACGAACAUGACGAACAUCGAGUUGAGAAACUCGAUAAGAAGGUGCUACGGGAACAGGUCGAACACGAUCGUCGGUAGGAACAACAACGUUCUUCUGACGAACGGGAGCACGCGGCAGAGCCUGAAAAACGUGGGGAGGUCCGCGAGCCCCGGGCCGUGCGUCUACUACCCGGCUCGGAGCCCGAGCCAGGUGUCGAGGAGUUCGAGCACCCAAAACGGUUGGGGCAAGAAAGAAAUUGCGGAAACCGCGCUGCAGUAGGAGCCCGAUUCCUUUUUG